CGGCUUGUUUCUCAUUUGACAUUUUUCAAAUAAUGAACGCAUUGCGAGUGUUCGCGCACAUUGUCCUUCAGCAUGGAGUUUUACGAUACAGCUCCACAACAUCCAAUUUAGGGAAUAGUGUCAGGAACAAACUGAAGGUGUCAUCCAAACAGCUUGCCAAACCACAACCGAUCGACAUUUUGAACAACCUCUGCCAUGAGGAGAGGCUCAAUCGUCAUGUGUUGACUGCCCACCAUGAGGGAGUGGCGAGCCACGCAAAGAGAAGAAAAAGCAAAUCUUGCGGAGCGGCAAUAGCUGGCAAGAACAUCAUUUUUGUUGCUGGCCUGGGUGGUAUUGGAAUGGAUACCUGUCGUCAGAUUGUCAAGAGGGGACCAAAGAACCUGCUGAUUUUUGACAGACUUGAUAAGCCAGAUUAUAUCACAGAGUUACAAAAAUUGAAUCCCAAGACGAAAGUUGCGUUCUAUUCGUAUGAUGUUACUGUGCCUUUAAGUAAGAGUAAAGAACUACUUCAGGAAGUCUUCGAAAAGUAUGAGACGAUUGACUUGCUUAUCAAUGGAGCUGGAAUAAUGGACGACCAUCAGAUAGAGAAAACUAUUGCUGUUAAUUUCACCGGAACAGUGAAUACCACAACGGCUAUUAUGGAUUUCUGGGACUACCGCAAUGAUGGUCCAGGCGGAGUUAUUGCCAACAUCUGCUCAGUGACUGCUUUUUAUCCGAACUGCCAAGUGCCUGUUUAUUGCGCCUCAAAGGCAGCUGUUUUCAGCUUUACUGUUUCGCUUGCGUUACUGGCGCCCGUCACUGGAGUAACAGCCUAUUCGAUCAAUCAUAGUAUUACGAGGACGACCUUGGGCCAAAAUUUCAAUUCUUGGCUGGAUGUGGGACCUUGCAUUACCGAGAAACUGUCGGACACUCCCUCCCAGUCUACUGCGCAAGCCGCUAAGAGUUUUGUCAAGGCCAUUGAGGCCAACAAAAAUGGUGCUAUCUGGAAGUUGGAGCAAGGUAAACUAGAGGAAGUCAAAUGGACGGGAUUCAAUUAGUAAACACAUUUACAGAUUACAAUUUACUUAACUCUGAGUGAUGCUAACAUCAAUGGUGUAAAUUAUUGCAGAACAAGAUAUUGCAGAAGCACUGUUAGCGAUAUUCGGUUAUGUUACUGAAUUUAUUUUUAUUUAUUGUAUUUUAUUUGCCCUUAAGAUUUCCAUAACCCUUUUGGGCACACAAAUGUCAAAAAUAAUAAUUAUGGUUGAUGUAUUAACUAAA